CCAUCGCUGCAGUGUCUCAACUGCCUUGGAGCAAACAAGAGAGGAUAUAGAACACUGGCAAUAAUAAGGCAGAGAAAACAGGGCAUUGAGAGAGAGAGAGCGAGAGAGAGAGAGGUGAACGCAUAUGUGACUGUGUGAAAAUGAGAAGGAUAUGAAGAUGGUGGAGCAGGACUAAGGGGUGGAUUGCACACAACCUUUCUCUCCCUGCAAAGGCUUGUCUGCAGUAUCCUUUGUAAAUGGAUGCUGGACUGUGAACACGACUUGGAGACCUUCAGCUGUCGCGGAGAUAUCGCCACGCAGAGCAAACAGAGCAGAACCUAUCCAGCAGAUCAGGAAAAACAGGCACAGGGAACUGGACUAACGUGGAUGGUUGGAGUGGCCAAACCAGGGAGAGGCACCACGAGAGCCAUGUGGGAGGAGAGUGAGGGGGUUUUGCUAUUCACAUGCAUCAACCCCAAACACGGUCUUCACUGACACACGCUGUAAGUUUCCCCAGCCCUCCUCCAGAGCGUUCCUCAGGGGGAGCCCCCUGCUAUGAACCCCAGCUCCUUUGGCUUCAGCAGGCAGUCCAACCUCAGUGCCAGGCGCCGUGUGGGCAUCCCACAAGUCUGGGUUCUGCCCACACAGGACUCACAGACUGCCCCUGAACAAAAAGAAUGAAAUACUCCUGAGUCACUCUUUCUCUGAGGUGGCUCACUUUUCUCAGUGCUAGAUUGGCCUGUUGAGAAUAUUGGUCUAUCUCUGCCCCAGCAAGUUGCCACUGCAGUGAAAAUCCUCUCCAGCUUUUCCGUCUUUCCCCUCUUGGUCGCUCCACUUCCAUUUUAUUAGUAUUGUAGUUUGCUCUCCCAUCCGUCAGUACGUGUUCCUUUUUGCUUAACACGUGGUGGAGGACCAUGGGAUGCCGUCAGAGUUCGGAAGAGAAGGAAGCCGCUCGGCGCUCACGGCGAAUCGACCGCCACUUGCGCUCGGAGAGUCAGCGGCAGCGGCGUGAAAUCAAACUUCUGCUGCUCGGUACCAGUAACUCGGGCAAGAGCACCAUUGUCAAACAGAUGAAGAUCAUCCACAGUGGAGGCUUCAAUCUGGAGGCGUGCAAGGAGUACAAGCCCCUCAUCCUGUACAAUGCCAUCGACUCACUCACACGCAUCAUACGUGCCCUUGCCACCCUUAAGAUCGACUUCCACAAUGCUGACCGAGCCUAUGACGCCGUGCAGCUCUUUGCCCUCACGGGUCCAGCUGAGAGCAAGGGGGAGAUCACGCCAGAGCUGCUGGGCGUCAUGAAACGUCUGUGGGCUGAUUCAGGGGUCCAGGAGUGCUUCCAACGAUCCAAUGAGUACCACCUAGAGGACAACACUGCCUACUACCUGAACGACCUGGACCGCAUCUCCGCACCUGAGUACAUCCCCACUGUAGAAGACAUCCUACGCUCCCGCGACAUGACCACCGGCAUCGUGGAGAACAAGUUCACCUUCAAGGAGCUCACCUUCAAGAUGGUGGAUGUGGGAGGACAGCGCUCAGAGAGAAAGAAGUGGAUCCACUGUUUUGAGGGCGUGACUGCAAUCAUUUUCUGUGUCGAGCUAAGCGGCUAUGACCUCAAGCUGUAUGAGGACAACCAAACGAGCCGCAUGGCAGAGAGCUUGCGCCUGUUCGACUCCAUCUGCAACAACAACUGGUUCACCAACACAUCGCUCAUCCUCUUCCUCAACAAGAAGGACCUGUUGGCUGAGAAGAUCAAACGCAUUCCUCUGACGGUGUGCUUCGCCGAUUACAAAGGUCAGAACACCUAUGAGGAGGCGGCUGUCUACGUGCAGCGGCAGUUCGAGGACCUCAACCGCAACAAGGAGACCAAGGAGAUCUACUCGCACUUCACCUGUGCCACCGACACCAGCAACAUCCAGUUUGUGUUCGACGCUGUCACGGACGUGAUCAUCCAGAACAAUCUCAAGUACAUUGGGCUGUGCUAGGACCUGACACAGGGUGGGGUGGGAGGGAGGGACAGCGGGCUGCGUGGCAGCAGUCGGCCCGCCAUCAGGCUGGGUGAACAAAAGGCAAAGGCAUGUCAGUCUGCCUGACAGUUUAUCUGUUUGAAGAGGUGCAACAGAGAACUGCAGAGGAAGUGAGGGUGGGGACACGGUCAGGGACGGACUUAUACAGUAGAUUCAACUGUUUCACCUGAAGCUACACAGUUGAUGGUUAAUGGUCAAGAUGGGAUUUUUACCCAAUGUGUUUGCACUGAAUAUGAGUAUGCAGAGACACCCAAACACAUGCACACACAUCCUUAUGUUUGCUCUCACACAAGAACUUUGGAUCAACAGUCAAGCACUUGUUUGACAUGGCAACACUGGAAAUUUUAGACAGCUACCCCUACCUGCCUGCCAAACCUGAGACUGAGUAGUAGGUCCGUACUGGUGGUUUUUGGUUACUUUUGUCUCCUUUGGUUGUUUUAUUUGCCUGAGUCGAUUAAUGCUGCUUUACAAGGAGAAUUUUGACAAAAUCAGUAGUCUCUUUCGGAUUUUCACCCUAACAUUGGUAAUAAAAAAAAAUUAAAAAAGAAAAGAAAAAUAAUCCACCUGAUGAGAAGUAGGGAGAGCCCAUAGUUCUAAGAGAAUUGUCAAUAGACAUGAUGUCACAGGGUUUCUGCCUAAAAGAGAAAACUGCCACAGUCUAAACCUCAAGAGAAAGUCUUUUUCUUUUUUUACACUGUUUCUCCCCCUAAUUGACUCUCUAUUUUCCCCCCUUCUUUGUUUUGUCUUUUUUCUCUUUGUGUUUUUAAAAUGAUUAUGUCUCUCAAAACCUGCCGUUUAUCGCAGGUCUCUGACUUAAAAUACCAGGAGAGUGUUACACUCUGUAAAGUCAAUAGUAUUCUUUAUAAUCAUUCCAGUUUCCAGCAAAAGAGACAACAUAAACAGUGCCAAGAUCAGUGUAAAUAAAAACAGACCCCUCCAUUAUGUUACAUUUUUGGGUUUUUAUUGAUGAAUACAUUAAAACAUGCAUGAUUUUGUUACUUUGGGAUAUUAAUAUAUUUUCUUUGGGAUUAUGUUUCUCUUUUCUUUGAUUUAAGUAAUAUAUUCCCAAAAAUAUAUAUAAAAGUCAAACACUGUGUACGAUUGUACAGAUGUUGUAAGAGAGGAAUUUAUUGAAAAGAGUUUUAUCAAUAUAACAAUGGUAAUAAUGAUGUUAUGAUGCUGAUGAUGUUGAUGAUGACGAUGAUGAUGGCGAUAAUGAUGAUGAUAUGAUGAUGACAGCGACGUGCUCAUUACAAACAAAGCAUGAGAAAAAUAAAGUUGGCCAAGGGAGAACUAAAGCAAAACAAGUUGAAGAUUGCAAAAAAAAAAGAAAAAAAAAGAAAAAAAAAAAGAAAUACAAACGAGAAGAAGCAAACCUUUCAGUUACAUCUUCCUUGCAUUAUCUAAGUGGAAAUUGUUAUACAGUCAGUCGGUAUGAUGUGUAAAUAUACUGUAAGGUACACUCUUUGUCAAAACAAAUGAUAAAUAAAAGUUGAGUUGGGAUAUUGUUAGUGAGAGAAAGAGAGAGCGAGAGAGCGAGAGAGAGAGAGAGAGAGCGAGAGAGAGAGAAGGAGGAAAACCCCACUCGACUCCUCCUCCAAACCUUACUUUUCAGUUAGGAGGGUAAUGUGCAAACAACUCAGCUAAGGGCUUAAGGCUUGACUUUACAGGAUGUCCACUUCAACAAAAAACAAACAGUUUAGAAAAAAAUAUUUAAAAAAAAAGGACAAUAACCAUAAAUAAAACAACUUAUGCAAAUUUUUCAUUGUGUAGUAAAUGUGUUUUUGGCUGGCGGUCGAGCUGCUGUGUCCGAAGCGCUUUAGGUUCCAGCUCUUGUGUGCUUGGGGCGGCCGUGUUCAGUCCGUCUGUGAUGAAUCUUUAGCCGAGAAGAUGCAGCCCUUCCUGCCACUGGUCUCUGUUGUUCUCUCAUAAUUACACCACGCUGCAUCACAUGCUUUGCACCUGGGAGUGGAACAGGACGCUCCAAAAUCAUCACCUCUACCCUCCAUGUCCGACAUCAUCAUAUUGUGUCAAAAGAGCUCUCGGCCAUACAAUGCGGUCACUGAGGCAAAAAUAAUAAGCACAUAAAGUAUGCAAUUAAAUUACUCCUGAAUGAACUUGGCCUAUGUGUGAUGGGGUAACAAAACAGUCGAGAGUGCCAUGCGGAUUCCACUCUAAUUAGUGUGAACACACCAGUUGACUCGACAUGUCUGCUGGCGGGGUUAUGUGUAUUCAUUCACAUGUUGCAUCUACACCUAAUAUAAGAUUUGUCUGCUUGUUUUUUAUAUUUGCAGUGUUUAAAAUGUAGAGGUUCGAACUUAACAUGCAAACACAUUUUUGUUAUUGGUGUUGGGGUUUUGGCCAACCCUAAUGCAAGGGUGUAGGUUUGGCUUCAACAUUGCAGCCCCGCACCACAGACAGUUUCUGAAGGCCCUAACAGUAGUGUAUUGUGGUUUUAGCAAGAGGGGGAAAACAUUUAGAGCAGGAAGGACAAAACUACGUCCUCAUUGAUUGUUAUGCUCCGGAAGUGCCUAUGACACCUGCGGCCGAAGUUACACGUGAAACUUUUUCAUGCAGUUUGGUGCCAUGCAACAGAGCUGUUUUGGAGUUCCUUCCAAUGGAAAUCAUGAACUGUCAUUGCAUCAUCAUGUGAAAUGUACCAUUCGGGCUCGGUGACAUAGCAACAGUGAAAAGUUUUAUUUACCACAUGCAAGUGAUUGCAUGGAAGUUGCACUGUGUAUCCUCGGCUUAAAUGUCAAGCUGGUGCAUCCACAGAUUUACGCCAAAAUGUUGAGCAACCCACAAAUA